UCUGGAAGGUGGACCAUCAGGUGGAAGAAGUAUUCUUCAGAGAGCUGCCUUCCCAAGGGAAUGGUGACAGCUUGCGCUUGCCGGGGAGUCCUGCUGCCUUCCGAGGUGUGAAGGAAAGGCAUGCACUGUGCAUAUGCUGUACCAUACAGUUUUGCCUACAACUGCUUGUAGCUUCAUUGUAGCUGUGAAUGCUCUGUUCCUCUCCUUUUCACCCCUGAAGAUUCGCGAACAUGCAGGAUUGAGCUGUGCGAGGCAUAGCAUUCCCCACAUGGUAGGCGAAGGAGGAUGUGGGUCUGACGGCUCUAUCGCCGCCCACCCGGGUGAAUGGACACGUGUUCCGGGGUAUCAGAGCUUGCGGCUGACCAGCCGACAUGUCCACGCAGCCCUCCCACUGGCUGUGUCGACAUUUUGGGUUUCAUUGAAGGAUUUUACUGGUACAGACUUUACAAAGGCAAAAUUGUUUCUCAAAGAUCUCAAACAGAGGCUGCUAAAAAUGAGAGGCCAUCAGUUGCAGAAAAGCAAGCACAGAUUAAUGACCUAUCUAUGUCCUACACGGUUUUAGGACUGCCCCUAGAUGGGCUUAAAGACCCUAGCCUAAAAACUAUAAAUGUGCUUCCGUUUUUGCCCUAUAGUACAAGAAAGCCUUAUAGACUGCUUCUAACUGUGAGAGGAGGAGAGGCCGGGAAGGGAGAGGGAGAAGAGGAGGAGAACAGGAGAUGAGAAGGAGGGGAGAGGGAGGGGAGGAGGAGAGAGUCUUGUCAAAAUCUUUUUAGUGCACAAAACUAAUUUUGUUCAUCUUGGAUUUGGUGAGCUGGAUAAUAUUCUGUGCACAGCUCCUAAAUGAAUUAUUAAAUGUCAACUCAAGAUGGCUUAACUAAAAUACUCAAUUUAA